CUUUCAUCCAAACGAAUAACGUUAGGCGGCGAUAUUGAUUCACAUUUGCUCGCGGUCGGUUGUUAAAUCCAACAAAGGAGUGGAAAGAAACAAGGAAGUGGAGGUGUCAGGUGUCUUGUACCUCUCAAAACAUCAUGGAGUUUGCCGAGCUGAUCAAAACCCCUCGUGUGGAUGGGGUGGUCCUCCACCGACCCUUCAUGCCCACUGUGGAGGGAACUCUGUGUCUGACGGGACAUCAUCUCAUCUUGUCUUCUCGCCAGGUCAACACUGAGGAGCUCUGGCUGCUUCAUGCUAACAUUGACUCUAUUGAGAAAAGGUUUGUCGGAUCCCUGGGAACUAUUAUUGUAAAGUGUAAAGACCUGCGGGUGAUUCAGCUGGACAUACCUGGCAUGGAGGAGUGUCUCAAUAUUGCCAGCUCUAUUGAAGCUCUCUCCACGCUGGACUCCGUGUCCCUGAUGUAUCCGUUCUUCUACCGUCCUCUGUUUGAGGUCAUUGAGGAUGGAUGGCAGUUGUUUGUACCAGAGGAGGCUUUCAAAGAUCUGGAGUCUAUGACAGAUGAAUGGAGACUGAGUGAGGUAAAUAAAGACUUCAGCGUGUGCCCCUCGUACCCGUCCCUACUGACCGUGCCCAAAGACAUUGAUGAUGAAAGCCUCUGCAAAGCUGCUUCCUUUCGCCACGGUGGUCGUUUCCCUGUGCUCAGUUACUACCACAAGAAAAAUGGCAUGGUGAUGAUGCGAGCAGCACAGCCACUAACAGGAACCAAUGGACGCCGCUGCAAAGAGGAUGAGAAACUGAUCAAUGCCACGCUUUGUGCAGCGAAGCGAGGUUACAUUAUCGACACACGGACUGUAGCUGUAGCACAGCAGGCUAAAGCUCGCGGAGGAGGAUUUGAACAGGAAGCCAACUACCCUCAGUGGAGGAGGAUCCAUAAAGCAGUAGAGAGGUCUAAUGUUCUGCAGGAGAGUCUGAUAAAGCUGGUUGAGGCAUGCAACGAUCAGUCGCACAGCAUGGACCGCUGGCUCAGUAAACUUGAAGCGUCCAACUGGCAGAGUAAUGUUAAGGAAAUCCUCACAACGGCUUGCCUGGCUGCACAGUGCAUUGACAGGGAAGGGGCAUCAGUUCUGGUUCAUGGCACAGAGGGCACUGAUUCGACAUUGCAGGUGACGUCUCUCGCCCAGAUCAUCCUCGAUCCGGCAUGCAGAACCAUCCGUGGCUUUGAGGCGCUGAUUGAGCGAGAGUGGUUACAGGCCGGUCACCCGUUCCAGCAGCGCUGUGCACAGUCCGCAUACUCAAACGGGAAGCCCCGAAGUGAAGCGCCCGUGUUCCUGCUCUUCCUGGACUGUGUGUGGCAGAUCCUGCGGCAGUUUCCCUGCUCCUUCCAGUUCAACGAGAACUUCCUGAUCAUGCUCUUCGAGCACGCCUAUGCCUCACAGUUUGGCACUUUCCUCGGAAACAGCGUGGCCGAGAGGUUGAAGCUUCUGCUGUCUCAGAAAACUGUUUCUCUGUGGUCGUGGGUGAACAGACCUCAGGAGCUGGAGCGAUUUCUCAACCCACUAUAUGAGCCCAACAACCUGGUCAUCUGGCCGUCUGUGGCUCCUCAGAGCCUGCUGCUGUGGGAGGGGGUAUUCCUUCGCUGGAAUCGCUCCACAAAGUGUUUGGAUGAGGCUUAUCAGGAGAUGGUCCAUAUUAUAGAGUACAACAAGGAGCUGCAGAACAAAGUGAACAGCCUGCGCAGACAGCUGGCCCAGCUCGAGACGGAGGACAGCCCACUGCAAACACCGUAAGACAUCAACAGAACUGUACACUUCUGAUCUGCCAUCUCUGUCUUACUGAAAUAAGCCUCACGCACAUGUAUCUACACUCCUCUGAUCAUACUCUUUCCUUCUGACUCCAUUGGUC